AUGGUGACGUCUCCAUUUAUCCGACCCAUAUUUUGGUCGUCGGAGCGCUGCGCCGACAAACAGCAUACAGGGGAGUUCAUGGCGUCAGAGUUGAACAAGGUGAUUCAAGCUGUUGAAAAUGUCGUCGGAAAAGGAUCGGUAUGCGCUGUUGUGACGGACAACGCGUCUAACAGGCGUAAGUCAUGGGAGCUUCUAAUGGCCAAGAUACCAAGUCUAACGUGUAACGGCAGCGCGGCACACACGAUCAAUCUUCUACUCAAAGACAUGUUCGGGAUGGAGUUCAUGAGUGACCGACGACGCGCGCUAAUCAUCCCUGUUUCGACGCGGUGGUACUCGAGCACAAAUUGUAUUUCCAGUGUCGUGAGGAACGAAGAUGUGCUGCGUGAAGCCGUAAUGCGACUGGUGAACCCGAUAAUCCAAGCUCUCGGCUCUCUCGAAAAGGAUGGGUGUUGCCUUUCGAUGGUGUAUGAAUACUUUCGUGGACUGAAAACCCACGUCAUCUACAACCGCGAAACUGAUGAUGUUGCUUCUGGUGUUCUUAACACGAUCCGAGGCCAGAUUAGCUCCCGCUGGAACACCCUCAAGCGCGAAUCAAUCCUCGCUGCAUUUUUACUGGACCCAACUAAGUCUACGGACGACUUUGAAGGUGAUGAUUUGGACAAUGCAGUCGAUGCAUGCGUAGAUCUAGCUACACGAGUUGGUCUACCCUCCAACGUACCUCCAAAUGCGGUUCGCCGAGCUGUCAUGGCUUUUAUUCGCGUGAAGAAGUCCUGGACAGCCGAAGGCCACGAAAAAAACGCGAGGGACACGCCAUUAGACUAG